CUCAGCGGCAAGUUCGGCAUUGUCUGCAUCCGCCAUGCAUGCCGCAGGGACCUUUCGCCACAUCCCUCGGUGUUUUCCGGCGCAGCGAAAGUCACCGCCUCGAGAUGUCACACCUGCCGCUCCUACCAACGAAGCACAAGAGGCUCAGAUUAAGAGCGAGACGGAGGCGUGCACACCUUAUUCCAUUCCCGAGGUCGCCAACAUCAAGGGACAAUUCCCUACCAUUUGGCAGACUGCCGACCUCGUUCCCGGUGAUUCCGCUGCUCAGAGCGUUUGGCAGAACAUCCAGAGUCAGAACAUCAUCCCGGCGGAUAUCAAGCCAAAGGGAACCCCCAACGGCGACUUCUCCAGCUUCACACCGACUUACGAUCACUCGGACCCCGACUGCUGGUGGACUUUCGACAACUGCGUGAAGCCGAAGCACCCCAAGAUUCCUGUCGACGUAUACCAAUGCCCUGAGCCUUCCACUUGGGGCUUAACUUUUGAUGACGGACCCAAUUGCACUCAAGAAGUUCUGUACGACUUUCUGCAGCAACAAAACCAAAAGGCGACCAUGUUUUACAUUGGCUCCAACAUUCUUGACUGGCCGCUUCAAGCCCAGCGCGGUUUGGUCGACGGUCACCAGAUUUGUGUCCACACAUGGUCGCACCAAUAUAUGACUGCUCUGUCCGACACCCAGGUGUUCUCUGAGCUGUACUACACUGCCAAGGCCAUCAAGGAUGUUGUCGGUGUCACUCCUCGCUGCUGGAGGCCUCCUUACGGUGACACGGACGACCGUGUUCGUGCCAUCGCCACCGGUCUCGGUCUCAGCACCGUGAUCUGGACCGACGACACGGACGACUGGAAGGCUAUCCCAGCAGGCACCUUGCCCAAAGCUAGCAUCGACGCCAACUACGCAUCCAUCAUCAACAAGGAGUCAGACACUACCGGUAACAUCGUCCUUACACACGAGCUCAACAACGGCACCAUGUCAGAAAUGAUCGAGCAAUACCCGCAGAUCAAGCAAAAGUUCAAGCACAUCGUCCCCAUCACUGCUUGCAUGAACGAGACGAACCCUUACCCAGAGAGCAUCACCUAUCCCAACUUUGCUUCUUACAUUUCGGGCGACAUUGAGCCCAAGGGCAUUCCCUCGGGCACUGACAUCAAGGUUCAAUCUGCCUCGUACGACCCUCUGGCCGCUGCGAGCGCCACCGCCGCCGCUGGUGACUCCACUGGCGGUAGCACGUCUAGCAGUGACAAGCAAGCUAGUGCUCAAGGUCAAAAGAGCACUGGUAGCGGCAAGAGCGCCGCUUCGUCCAACAGAGCAGGCAAGGCCAUCGUCGCCGUCAGCGCUCUCGGUGCUGUUAGCGCCUUUAUGCUUCUUUAAGCGUGUUCUGCAACGAGCAUUACCGUUCGAAGAUGCAUCCCGAGAUACAGCUGUGCUGUCGUCUCGCUUCGAUAACCUUCCCCUCCUAUCUGCACGCGUUGAUCACUUUUCCUUGCAGCUUCUCGUGCCUCUGCUGGGCCAUGCACGACUUUGUGCGCUCAGAUUGCUUGUAAAUGACCGCACUUGGACAAUGAAUUUGACACGCCCUCGCUCUCGUGCUUUCUGACAUUCUUUGUGAGGCGAGGCCGCAAUUUCUGCC